CUGCGUGUUGUCUGUCUUCAACUCUUCUGGUUACUCUGCCUCUGUCUCGUCUCAACUCAUACGCAGCUUCUGUUACCACUCUUCUUCUCCAUUGGUACAUUGCCCGCCUACUUGUUUUGGACGUGUCUUGCCUAUUUCUCAGCAUCUUUCCUUGCACGGCACACCGUCCAUCCCUCCCUGGCCCUAGCCCCCGUUGACUCCUGCCACCACCAUACAGCUACUUCACCCCAGAUUACCGUGCGCUACUGUGCCAAAAUCGGCACGACUAAUAACCCUCCCAUCAUCUCCCGCAAGGGUGACGCUACAACGCUACACCACACGCACUGGCGGAUCACCAACCCAUUUCCCGCUUUCUUGACUUCCACUACCCCCCUGCAUCGGCGUUGGCCUACGGAUCCUUACCCCCAAAGGGCUGAGCCAGAAAGUGGUCAAGGUCUGAGAACCCAUCCGUGCCAACAAGGGGAAAAGGAGGCUCGGAGCGUCUCAAAAAGCCCCUCCUCUGGCUACUUCGCUUUCCUUCCACGUCCCUCCAUUGUUCUGUUCAUCCACUCCCCCAGUCGGCACUGGCCAAACUGCUCGGAACUGUCAGAAGAGGACCUGUCAGUGUCAUUGAAAAGACACAGGCUUGACAGCGGCUGUCAGAACUCGGAGACCAACCAUUCUCUGCCUCGUUAAAGGUCAAAGACGUUUCCGGAACCCGAGACGACCACACCUUGCGGUUUCUUUUGCAUCUUGGGGCAUAGCGUACCUAUCCUGUCUCUCCCUACUUCCAAAUUCCCGCCGAAUCGACAGAGAUCUCUCCCGCCCCGCCACGGCUUUACAUUGCUUUUCACACCAGCACCAGCAAGGCGUGUCCAGACUAGCAGAGACAACACCCCGUCCGUCCCUUCACCGAACAGGGCCUUCGUCGCGCAUCUUAUUCGCUAGGCGGCUCUCAUUGCCACCAAGGCAAGCAAGCAACCAACCAAGAUUAGCUGACGUUUCGCUACCUGCCUUCGCCUUUCGGGCGACCAGUGGGGCCCCGGGAUACAAUAGGUGCAACCACCACAACCUGGAACCCGGUGCCGCCUAACGGAGACAGUCAAGCUCCAGUAGAGUUGCCGUCCAGCGCUCAGUCUAGCGGCCGCAUUACCGGCCGGCCCCCUGUAAACGAGCCGCGGCACACCCACUAAUCUGUCGCUUUACCUUCAAGCCCAGACCGACCCGACUGUUCAUCAUGUCCGUCACCACAACAACAGCGACCGCCGCUCACGCGCCGACCCAUAGAAGUCUCGCCCACCCGCCGCGAACUCUUCGCAAAGCUACUAGCUACACCAGCAACUUCGCCUCCUCCACGACGGCUUCCUCCCCCAGCCUCAACUCGCUUUACAACACUCAUUCGCGCCUGACGCCGUCCCAUCAGACCCUGCCGCGCAAAUCUUCCUUGGCCGCUUUGACUCCCAAAUCACUUGCUUCCAUUCCCGAUGUAAGCGAGUCCUAUGCCUACAACAGCGUGCUAGCCGAGUCACCCGAUCGCAAGAUGCCGCCCGCCACUCCCGGUAAGGCCGGGAACGACUUCGUCGUAGGCGAUGUUGUCGAAGUCCCGGGGAACAUGUUUGGCACCGUCCGCUUCAUUGGUUCGGUGGAUGGGAAGAAGGGCACCUUUGCUGGUGUCGAGUUGCACCCCGAGUUCUCGCAGAGGGGCAAGAACUCUGGCGAAGUGGAAGGUGUCUCGUAUUUCACCACGACUCUUCCUGGUGCCGGCAUCUUCUUGCCCCUCAACAAAGCCGUCAGGCGAGAUUCUCCUCCCAGCUCAUCCUACGGCGCGUUUCCUCACACCCCGACGGCGAGUACCAUGGGCGGUCUCAAAGUCGGUACCCAGAACUCGACGAACUACACACCUCCCACACCGUCGGUACCGAUGUUUAGCAAAUCUGUAGGGCCAGGCCGAGCUUCUAGCCCUGCGCUGAAGAAGUCGAUCAGCAGGCCUUCCGUCCGGCCAGAGUCGCCCGUGCGAAAACUGCAAAUGACGCCAGGUCCGAGACCGUCUCUGGCAACGCCCGGCAAGGUGCCCUCCAAGUACAGCUCGCCUGCCGUCAAUCGUUUCGCUCAGAGCGUACGUGGGACGUCCGGAGAUCCUAGCAAGGCACCAAGGCUGGAUAGGAAACCAAGUAUUGGGCCGCGCAGUGCGUCUGCCCUCGGCCAGACAUCGAUGUUUGACGAGGAUCCUGCACCACCGGCUACACUGCAGCGGACACAGACGAAUGGAAGCACGAACUCUGUGUCUUCAUAUAACUCAAAGUUCAGAGUUCCUUCGAGAGCUGGAGCUGGGUCGAGAGCUGCGUCGCGAGCCCAAAACGAUGACGAAAUCGAGCGCCUUAGGACAACCCUGGAAGACCGUGAACGGCAGUUGAGGGACCAGGCAUCCACACUAGCGGAGAUGGAAAGCAGUCUUACCGAGUUGCAAACACUCAUGGAGAAUUCGGAUCUCGGAGCACCGAAACGAAACAGCAUCGACGACAAGGACAUGGCGCAACUUAGAGCAUUGGUCAAGGAGAAGAACGAGAAAAUUGCGAUGCUCACGGCCGAGUUCGACACCCACCGGGCAGACUUCCGCAGCACCAUUGACACCUUGGAAAUGGCUAGCGCUGAGACGGAAAGAGUCUACGAAAAGCGAAUCGAUGAGUUGAUGAUUGAAAUUCGGGAACUCGAAUCCCGGACUGAUGACGUAGACUCUGUGGCCCGACAGCUGAAGCAACUCGAGGAGCUAGUCCAGGAACUCGAGGAGGGCCUUGAGGAUGCGCGACGCGGCGAAGCCGAAGCUAGAGGGGAAGUCGAGUUCCUUCGAGGCGAAGUCGAGCGCACGCGGACUGAACUGCGCCGUGAACGCGAGAAGACUUCGGCUGCGAUGAACGGAUCUAGAGGGCCAACCGGUGGUGGGGACCGCCCUUCUGGAUCCAAGGAGCUGGAGCAAAAAGAAGAUGAGAUUCGGGGGCUGAAGGCUAUUAUCCACUCCCUCAGUCGAGAUUCUAUUCCAGGUGGCGGCGCCGACAAGCCCGAGGACCCUUCUGUUCGCGAGAACGCCCUGGCCCGGGAAAGAUUGGAGCGCGAGUUGGCCGAGCUUCAUUCCGUUGUCAAAGACAAGAGCCAGCGUGAAGAGGAGCUCGAGCAGGAGUUGGAGAUGCUUCGCAAGGGGGGCGCCACGACCCAGCAGCCCGGUCCCUUGCCGAACGGCGAUGCUCAUCGCUCAUCGCUUCGCGAUUCGCGAGACACGGUCGUCUUGAUGCGCAACAGCGAGCCCCAACCCCCCACAGCUACGCACAAGCGCGUCCGUACGCUAGACACGAUGCCGGAGAGUGACGCCUACUCGUCAGUCACCGACAAUAGUACUCUCUGGUGCGAGAUUUGCGAGACUGGCGGUCACGAUAUCCUCACCUGCACCAACAUGUUUGGCACCGAAAGUGCCAAGAACAAUGGUGAUGCCAGCAAGGCGGUCAAGGAUGCUGUCAAAGCAGAUAUGCAGCCCAUUCCUGCCAAGGACAAACCUGCCCCCCUGUCGCCAGUCAAGGCCAAGACAUCGGCUCCUCCUUCCAGUAUCAAGAUGCUGCCGAACCCCACGGAGACGGGCCCGGUGGCUGGCAAGGAGACGGGCGUAGUGGAUGACUCGAAGUGGUGUGCUGUUUGCGAAAGAGACGGGCACGAAAGUUAUGAUUGCCCAUUCGAGGACGCAUUCUAGGAGGAUCGGCUUUAAGUCUUGACAGCAAAGGUGACUUACUUGGACGAAGGAUACAGCGAGAAGGAAUCACGUCGAUCUCUUUGCGUGUGUUUGAUUACUGUCAAGAUCAAACCGUCGCAUGAGCUGUUUUGCGUUGGAUUCUCGGGUGGUCGGAGAGCGACGCAAGUUUGUCUUUUUACCGUUGGUCACAGCAUUUGUAGCGAUGAUACCACAGUUCAAGGAGAAGCACGUUUCCCGUUACUGGGCUCGCGCGUUGGACUCAGCAGCAAUGAAUGGAGAAGCCUCUGCGUUUCACGGUACUCAUGCCAAACGAGGGGCUUCUAUAAUCAAUGCACAAAUACCAGACCCUGAACCCAUAGCCACGAAUUUAUCGCAAUCGACUCAAGGACAUGAGCUACUGAGUGUACCUUCGUACGCUUGGGAGGCUCACAUAUGACUAGAGCAAAGUCGAGUCGCUUGGAGGAAAACCCCAGGAUGAUCGCGUUCCCGAAGGCUACCUGCCUACCUCCCGAGUGACGGGCUGCAUCCGGUUGAC